UCCCGGCGAAGCGCAGCCUCACCAGGACCGAGCGAGCGAGGGGGAGAGAGAGAAGAGGAGGGAGUGUGUGUGCGUGUCGGUGUGUGUAUGUGUGUGUGUGUGAUAGACGGAGAGAGAGAGAGAGAGAAAGCCAGUGCCAGAGCCAGAGAGAGGGGAAAGAUAAAGCAAACACAACCGGAACGAUAGACUUGUGCGUAAAAAAAAGUACUGGUCGGCUUUUUUUCCUCCUUUAUUCUUCAAUUUCAACCAGACUUUCUUUAAAAUCUCCUUCACCUGAAAACAACGAGUGCUUGGAUGAAGAGAAACCUAACGGUCAGUCAGUUGUACACCUGGAUUCAGUGAGCAUGUCCCGCCGGAAGCAGAGCAACCCCAGGCAGAUCAAACGUCCUCUGGAGGAUGGCCUGGAGGAAGAGGAGGAGGAAUGCGUCUCGGAGGAGAAUGAGCUCAUGGCCAAAGAAGAGUUCUCAGCGGAAGAGAACUUCUCUGCUGAGUUUGAAACCGAAAACAUGAGCUGUGAGGACAUGGAGUACUACUGCAACAAAGCGGGGCUUCCUCCUGUUCCUGCCGGCACUCAUGGGAACUUGUGUGACCAGAAAAAGUGUGCAGCUGGAUCAGAUGAGCGCAGCGCAGGAGAAGACGAAGGCAACCGAGAAGGAGGAGAGUCGGAGGUGAACGGGCAAGCUGAGAAGACCAGGGAUGCAGCCAUUGGCCCAGACGAAUGGGAUGGUCCAAGAGAGUUGGACACCUUUCAUAAGGAUGGCGAGCGUCGGAUCCAGAGUCGACAGCAGCUCCCCGUCGGCACAACGUGGGGACCCUUCGAAGGCAAAAUUGAAAUGGGCACGGACAACAACGCACUGAAGACGAAGAGCACAGUCCCGGUGGUGCUGAGCGCCGGCCCCAGGUGGCUGCUGGAUGUGACUUGGCAGGGAGCAGAAGACAACAAAAACAACUGCGUGGUGUACAGCAAAGGCGGGCAGCUGUGGUGCACCACAACCAAGAACAUGAUGGAGGGCGAGGAGCUGGUGGCGUUCGCCGUGGACUUUGACUCGCGCCUGCAGGCGGUCAACCACAUGUCCCUGAGCGAGGGCAUGUAUCCAGCCCGACUACUGGACAGCAUCCAGCUACUGCCGCAGCAGGCCGCCAUGGCCUCCAUCCUGCCCACAGCCAUCGUCAACAAGGACAUCUUCCCAUGCAAGGCUUGUGGGAUCUGGUUUCGGAGUGAGAGGAACCUGCAGGCCCACCUGAUGUACUACUGCAGCGGGAGGCAACGGGAAGCAGAGACUGCAGUGGAGGACAAUGACAGCGCUCACCACCAGACCCCCAGCCUCUGCCCCUUCCCACAGUGCAACAAGAGCUUUUCGGGGGCCCGAGCGCUGGAGAUGCAUUUAAGCACAGCACACAGUGGUGUCAAAAUGGAAGAGAGCCUCCCUCCUGGCACCAGCUUGAAAUGCACAAUCUGUAACUACACGGCAGAUUCUCUUAUUACAUUCCAGCAUCACAUCAUGUCUCACCUGUCACAGGCGGCCUUCAGAUGCAAUCACUGCCAUAUCAGCUUCCAGAGCCACAGGGAACUCUUACAGCAUCAGGACUUACAUGGGCACGGCAGCAAACUUCACAAGGAGGGCGACGCCACCGAGCAUUCCCCCAGGGGGCCGGAGGAAAGCCUCCUGCAGCAGCAGCAGCAGCAGCAGGCCCGCGCCGAGCUGGCCAAUAGGAAGGAGGCUCUGCUAGGAAGUCCCAAGGGAAGCCUCAACAAGGAGACCAGCACAGAUGGAGAGGCUGACAAGGCGGAGAAGAAGCCCAUGCUGUCAGCUCAGAAGGGAGAGUCCCACCCAGGCAGCAAAGCAAGCUUUUCUUACACCAGGAUCAAGUCGGAGCCCUCAAGCCCUCGACUGGCCUCCUCCCCUGUGCAGCACAACAUGCCGACGUUUCCCAUGGGCCCUUUCUUGUCUCAGUUUGCUUUCUCCCAAGAUAUCUCCGUGGUCCCUCAGGCUUCAGAGAUCCUGGCAAAAAUGUCUGAGCUGGUUCACAGGAGGCUGCGUCACGGUGGGAACAACUACCCCCCUGUCAUCUACAGUCCUCUCAUGCCCAAAGGGGCCACCUGUUUCGAAUGCAAUAUCACCUUCAGCAACCUGGACAACUACUUGGUCCACAAGAAGCACUACUGCAACAGCCGCUGGCAGCAUAUGGCCAAGUCCCCGGACUUCUCCGCCCUGUCAGAUAAAGUCCCCGAGGCGGUGAGCCCCAACAGCGGACACACCUCCAUCAGCAUGUUGUCCGGCUGCCAUCCCACCGAGGCAGACAACCACCUCAUGCAGUCAGCCUGCCUGAACUCUAACGUGCUGGACAUGAUCAACGCAGGGACCAAAGGUCCAGAGAAGGACCUGGCAGGGCAGGUGAAGAAGGUCUCAACCCCGACUGGGACGGAGGAGAGGCUGAAUGGAAAACAGAUAGAAGGCAAGAGUCCCAGUACAGGUCUGGUGGAGAGCGACAAUGACCCAAACAAAACCACCUGUGAUGCCUGCAAUAUCACCUUCAGCCGCCAUGAGACGUACAUGGUCCACAAGCAGUACUACUGCGCCACCCGCCAUGAUCCCCCAAUGAAGCGCAUGUCCAACAACAAGGUACCCUCCAUGCAGCGAACCAUGAGAACCCGAAAGCGCAGAAAGAUGUACGAGAUGUGUCUCCCCGAUCAGGACCACCAGAGGGCGGCACUGGGGCAGCCGGGUUUUCUUGGCGUUCCCCCCAUGAACCCUUGUACCUCCCAGGACACUGUAGAGAGCAUCGCUGAGCGCUUCCAUCCUCGCUGUGACAUCUUUCCGGGUAUGGUGCCCAAACAUCUGGAGGCCUCACUGACAGUCACGAAGCCUAUUUUGGCUCCCAAGUCCAGCACGGCGGAGCAGCAGGAGCUGGAUGCCCCCAUUGACCUCAGCAAAAAGUGUUCACCGCUCUCUGACAAGACAUGUAGCUCUCCUAAAAGACUUUUGGACUAUCACGAAUGUGCAGUGUGCAAGAUAAGUUUUAACAAGGUAGAGAACUACUUGGCGCACAAACAGAACUUUUGCCCUGCAACUGCCGCUGCCACUGCUGCUGCUGCUGCCGCCAAUGCAACUCCGCAACAACAGCCCCCCCAACAUCAGCAGGAGCUCAAUGACCCCGGCAACAGAGAGCCGUCCUUGUUCCCAGACGUCAAGACCGAAGUCAACAGCAGCCCGGACGGCGUCUUCGAAAAGAGCCCCACCAAAUGUGAUAAGAACGGUAACGGGAAGGUGAUGGUGCAGAACGGAGGCAUGUUCCCACCUCACCUGGCACCUGUGCCGGGACUCAAAUCCUUUCCUGACUCAUCAAAAGAGGAGUCCAAGAACAUGUUUCUGCCGCACUGUCUUUAUCCGGGAGCAAUAAAAAAGAUGAAAGGUCCGGACCAAAUAUCGCCGUAUUUUGGGAUAAAGUCCACUGACUAUGUGACGGGAGGGCCGGUAAUGUCGGGCGAAGCCGGUGAACAAGAGCAGCCCAGUGUGAACGGAGGGGGAGCAGGAGACACAGGAGCAACAAGAGAACAGAGCCAGACAGCGGCUGCUAACGGUUGCCCACACCCUGGCAAAGAGCCGUUGCCCCUCCUGCCUAAAAAUCGGAGCAUGGUGAUCGUGAAUGGAGGGCACAAGCCAGAGGAGCGCAGCGGCUCGGCGCCACAACAGGAGAACCAGCCCCAGCCAGACAGCCAGCCCCUCAACCCCUCACCAACAUGGGCGAUGGAGAACACGGCCGACUCCAAUGAGAACAUGUCGCCCUCUGCCAAGUCCCCCAAUGAGGAGGCCACGCCCACCGCCAAUAAAGGCGUCAACGGCUCGGGCAGCGGCAAGUACUGCCGCCUCUGUGACAUCCAGUUCAACAACCUGUCAAACUUUAUAACCCAUAAGAAGUUUUACUGCUCGUCACAUGCUGCAGAGCAUGUAAAAUAAGGGCGGACACCUUCUUUGACCCCGCCCCCCUCCUUGCGCCCCUCACACCUCUCUUCCCACCGCGUCCGAACUUUGACCCCUCCCUCCUUUUUCUUCUUUGUUUUUGGUACACUGUUGUGUCUGGAAUAGUGCAUCAUGCAGUGCUACUCGCUGCUUGUGGACAAUCAAGAGAAGAUUCUUCUUUGGUCAUUUUGAGACUUAAAAAUGCAAAACCAUUUGGUUGAAAAGGGAAAAAAAAAGAAUCAAGAAUAAUAUCGGUGCCAAUUUCUCAUUAAUUUAUUUUACAAUCAGUAUUAAUAGGAGUAGUGACUUUAAUUUAAAUUCAAAUGAAAUUUAUAUCAGAGUUGUUUGUAAUGUUAUUGUAUAGUCAUUCUUGUGUAGCACACAUAUUGUUUACACUGUAAUGUAGGAUCAAUGAAUCAAUAGACAACACAAAAAUGAUGAGAUGCAUUGUAGACACAAAAAUAGCUACUAAGGCACUUGUAUUCUUAUUUGCUGUACCACUUUGUGUAUACGCCCCGAAUGUGGACUGCAGACUUGUACCGAGGACUUGUUUGGCCUCUUAACUCCCCCGCGGCAGUGAAGAGCAGGCGCCAAGCUGCGUCUCACAUUUCGGCACAUACACACGGCUUUGCAUUCAUAUGUGGCUGUUUGUCUCCGUCUCUUUUCUUCGAAUCAGAUGUGGAUGUUUUCAUGAGGAUGGCAGCAUUCUUGUAUAGUACUCGUAUUUCUGUUUGAUGAUAACACUUUGUUCUCCCUUUUUAGAAUUUGCUCUCGAUGCAAUACUUUGUAAAAGAGGGAACCUUACUGAAAAGCAGUAUUACAAAAUGGGGAGUGUGCAUAUACUAUUUGUAACCCUGCUAGGGCGAAAAAAGACCUUGUACAAGAAUUAAGUUUAUUGUUGCCGAACAAGUCGGGUGGGAGGUCAGUGGGAAAACUGAUGAUCAUUCCAAUGUCCUGAUUAUGGGAGAAAAAUGUUUCUUAAAACGUUGUUGCUAUGCAUGUAUAUGGAUGGAAUUCAAUUCCAGAUCUGUUGGAAAUUUUUAUUUUGAUGUGGUGUCAUAAUUAAACUUAAAUCCUCAGGAUACACAAGUGUGGUGGACUUCUUCGUGCGCGGCUCACCUUAGCGCCUCCAGUCAGAGAGUGGCUGAAAGAAGGAAUCGAAUCAGAGGUCUGCUGCUGAUCAAACUUAAUUAUAUCUGUGACAAAUGACUGGGACGCAGUCUACCGAGAACAUUGAGACUCUUAAGACAGAACGUGUGUGUGUGUGUGUGUGUGUGUGUGCCUGGCCUUUUAACGGAUCA